GUUUCCACACCCAACCUCUGUUUUCUCCUGCCAGUAAUAACCGACAUCGCGUCUGCGAAUAAUCGAAUAAGUGCUUCAGUUUCCUCUUCAGCUAUCUGUCUUGACAUUUGGCAAAAUCUGUGCUGGUCUCUUCUGGCAUUAUUGGUCUAUACCGGUAGCUUCCAUCGACUUGUUUCACGGCGGUUUGACAAGAAGAGGAGCAUAUCACUAUUAAAAGAAAAGAAAUGGAUAUUGAAAUAGAUCACUAUGUCGUAUUGGGCCUGCCAUCGGAGGAAGAAGGGGCAAGACUCAGUGAGAAAGAAAUUUCAAAGGCAUAUCGAUUGAAGGCGUUGGAGUUACAUCCUGAUAAGAGACCCGAUGAUCCAAAUGCCCAUGCUAAUUUCCAAAAGCUGAAGACGUCAUAUGAGAUUCUCAAGGAUGAAAAAGCAAGGAAAUUAUUCGAUGAUUUGGUUCGUAUAAGGAAAGAGAAGAUUCAACGCCAAUCCCAACAGGAUACUAAGCGACGGAAAAUGAUGUCCGAUCUCGAAGAAAGGGAACGAGCUGCCUUUGCUGUUGACCCUGAGUUGAGAGCUCGAGAAGAGGAGGAUAGAAUUGCUAGGAAGUUGAAAGAUGAGAUUGCCAGAAUUCGUUCAAUGUUCACUAACAAGGCAUCUUCUGCUAUGCCUACCCCUACCCCUACCCCUACCCCUCAAAAGGAUACAUCUAAAUCGCCACAGAGAAAUACUGGUGAUGGAGGGAAAACUGUAGAUAAAGGGAAGGUGCUUAAGGUGUCAUGGGAAAAGGUCGGUGAAGAUUAUAGUGCUCAUAGAUUGAGGGAAAUUUUUCAAGGGUUUGGUGAGGUUGAAGAUGUGGUCAUUAAGAGUUCUAAGAAGAAAGGUUCAGCCCUUGUUGUGAUGGCUUCCAACGAUGCAGCUGUUGCUGCUGUAGGAAAUGUCUUAGGCAGUUUAUCCAAUCCGUUACUAGUUUUGCCGCUUAAACCAGCUCAAACUACUCCUAUAUUCUCUUGUGCCCAGGAUGGUGUGGAACCUGAUGAACCAAAACUCAAUAAUUUAGUGGGUGCUGGAUAUCAGGCCUUUGAAGAUUCAGUGCUAGACAAAUUGAGAAAGGCUGCUCAGAAGCAGAAGUAACUGGUAAGAAGAAGAAUUGGAGUUUCAAAGCCAUCAUGGUUUAUGUUCUUCGAGUGGUCAACAUCCAGUGACUGCUUCUCAUAAUUGUUGAGAUCGUGAGCUCUAAUUUCACUCCCUAACCAGCUUGCGGACUCUGUAACAGAAAGAAAGGAGCAAAAUUAUGUUCGGCCGUGGUAGAUACACGUUCAUAGGACAUGACUAUAAGAUCCAUGUAAUUUUCCGUACUUGGACAUAUAUUCUGUUUGCAUUGUUCAUACGGAUGGGUAGGCAUUUGACAUACCAAUCGCAGCUUUGGAGUUUGUAUUCUUCUCAAGUGUCGGUUGCGCUCGCUAUGUUUUCAGGGCUAUAAGCUCACAAGUUUGUGCGCCGGCGAUGAAUGAGCCUAAUUGACACAUUUUUGGGACUGGACGGACCUGUGGAAAAAGAAAGAAUGGGUGGGAACUCUUUCUUCCUUCUCUACAGAACAGGCAUUCUAUGAAAGCUUCUUGAGCAAUUUGUCAUGGAAAACAUGAAGAUUAUCCAGAUUAGAGACAUGUAACUUUCACAGUUAUAGAGUAGAUGUGUAUAAAUGAUUGAUAUUGUUCGAAUGUAAAUCAAUCUGUCAAUCUAAUUCUCGUUGUCAUUAAA